AAGCGAGGCUGUCGGGGCGGUUAACGCCCACGCGCACAGUAUAUAAGGCGUUGGCCGCGCACAGAAGAAGUUACCGCUCUCUCUCAUCACACACUAUCUGCCUCCCUCUACUGCCAUUUUUUUUUUCUUUUUCUCUUGUUUGGUUGAUCAUUGUAUGGCCGCCAAUUUGAAGAGUCGAGGGGUCGCUCUGAGCUUGGGCAAGCGAGUCGUCAACCAGAUCUGGACCUCCAACGCGAGCGCUCCCGCUCUCUCCUCUGCUAACACUCUCAGGAGAGCUGCACACACCUCAGUGUAUGACAAGAACCCUGAUGAUCAACACAUUCCCAACGUGGUGCCGGACCACGUAAUCCCACCGCAAUCUGAAACCUACUGGGAGCCACACCCUAAAACUGGGGUAUUUGGACCCCCUGCUGAUCAAGCCGCAGCCGGCGAGCACGGCUUUCAGUCUUCAACAGCGGAUGGUGCUGACUCUGUGCUCGAGCAGAAGGCCUGGUACCGCCCUACCGGCCUUGAGGACUUGGAGAAGCCUCACGCUCUCUGAACCCUAAAGCACAAGGCUAAGGAACUAUAUAUAUAUAUAUAUAUAUAAAUAACUGUAAGCGUACGUGGCAUUCGUAGCUGUACGCAGUAUUUUGGUGUAACAAAAUAACAGUGGUUUUUAUGGUCAUAGACUCAUAGUAUAUAGCAAGUAGUGGAGCUGGGAGUGAAACGCAUAUUAUAUAUGCGACUUACAUAUCCUGUUAAGAACCCAGAUAUGUGUGUAUGGUCGUGGUUUAUGUUUCCACGCCACUUAUCUGCUAUAAAGGGCUUGCUUUUGUUUAA